AUGGAUCACCUCGAACAAGAGAACAGAUAUCUGCGUGAAGAAGUUGUUUCUUUGAAGGCUGACAUGGCCAACUUCACCGCUUUGGUUGAGCAGUUGGUGGCUGCUCAGAAUCAGCCGCUACCUCCUCCACCUCCUCCUCACUCAUUUCAAGCUACUAUCAUUUAUGAGAUUCAAGACAUUCCCGUUACUGCUGUUCCUGUGGUUUCUGCCGCCCAAUACCGCAUGCCUCAAGGAUAUCUGUGGGGAAUGCCUAAAAACUUCGUACCUGAUGGUUACACUCUGGCUGCACAAGUAGUUUAUUUGGCUCAGCCUGUUGCUGUUUCUACACCUCCUGUGAUGAAUGCUACUCCUGUUUUCAACAGAGACCCUGAGAUUCCUUUUCCUCCUCCUCCAAGUGAAAGUGUGGAUUUCUAUGAUAGAGUGGAUGGAUUUCAGGAACAAUUUGAUAAAAUGCAGAAAGAGUUGAAAGCUCUUAAGGGGAAGGAAUUAUUCGGUGACAAUGUGAAUGACCUCUGUUUGGUCCCAAAUGUCAAGGUACCUGCCAAGUUCAAAAUUCCAGAAUUUAAGAAAUACAAGGGCAAUUCCUGUCCUCGUGAUCAUUUGCUGAUGUACUUGAGGAAAAUGUCCACUCACACAGAUGAUCAGCGCCUGCUUAUUCAUUUCUUCCAAGAUAAACACUAUGAUUAUAACAUGUACAUGGCGCCCGAUCGUGAUCAGCUAAGGGCAAUGACGCAGAAAGAUAAGGAAUCAUUUAAAGAAUAUGCUCAGAGGUGGUGCGAGCUUGCGGCCCAAGUUGUACCUCCACUGAGUGAGCAAGAAUUGACUAAGGUCUUUCAGAAGACUUUAGGUCCGUUUUACUAUGGAAAGAUGGUGGUCAGUGCGCCUAACAACUUUGUUGAGAUGCCAUCAUUUGGAUUUACUAAGAAGAAAGAAGAAGUGAAUGCUUUAGGAAGGUCCAGGAAUCCAAGCAAGCGCUAUUCCCGUCCUCAGCAAGUUGCUGCUAUAACUCUAGUUGUUGCUACUGCUCUGACAACUAUUCCCUAUAACAAGGUUGAUCAUCAAGGGCAGGCUCCAAGAAGAGAACCGUUUGAUCCAAUUCCUAUGACUUAUACUGAGUUGUAUCCUGCUUUGGUCAAGAAGCAUCCAGUUCAACCAAGGGCACCUCCAGCUGUCCCUAAUCCGUUGCCAUGGUACUACAAAGCCGAUCAUACAUGUGUGUAUCAUCAAGAAGCACCAGGGCAUAAUCUUGAGAACUGUUUCCCUUUGAAGUCUGAAGUUCAGAAAAUGGUCAAAUCCGGUUUGUUAUCCUUCAAGGACAUGAGCCCGAAUGUGCAAGGAAAUCCUUUACCCAAUCAUGGGAAUGCUGUGAAUAUGAUUGAUGGGGAAGUCAGGAUUUAUGAUGUGAAUUUAGUCAAUGGGAAUCUUGUGAGAAUGCAUGCUGCCUUGUGCAAGGUGGAAUACUUUUCCCAUGAUCAUAAUGGCUGUGAUGUGUGUAGCAUUGAUAUCAGAGGUUGUGAGUUGAUUAAAAAUGAUCUCUAG